CAUGGAAUAUCAAGUUCACGAUGAGUAACAAAGGAUGCAAAUCCGUGCUGUCUGGUGAAGAUUAUUGGUUAUAAAAAAUUUAAAAUUGUGUUUUAUGAAAAGUAGCACGUAUUAAGCAAUAUUUUGUGACCAACUACAUUAAGUUGUCAACGAAACGUAUUAGUUUUUACUUUAAAGUCUUAAAUUCAUUCAAUAUCAUAUCACAACAACAUGGCCAAAUUACCUGGUUGUAAAUUGGAAUUUGUACGCGAUGACGAUUAUGUGGAGUAUUUCAUUUUUCCAGAAUUACCAGCUAAUUUAACAAACAUACAAAAUGAGUGUGCAGAAUUAGAAGAGCUCAGCACAAAAUUGUUAGAAUUUCAAAAACAAUGCUUAGAAAUCGUUGACAAACGUGUGAAAAAUUACGGCUAUAUUUGGCACAAAGACGAAUUUCACUUGCAAAUACGUACUGAGUGUGCGCAAGAAAGAUUAUUGAACGAUGAAAUUAAUGAUGACUCCAAUGAUGCUCCGACAGCGCACCCGCUGCCGCCACAUCUGCAUGGUGUUACACAUUACGGUGACAAUAUUGAGGACGAGUGGUUUAUAGUGCAUCUUUUACAUGAGUUGACACGUCAGCUACCCGGUUGUAUUGCGCGCGUCAUUGACGCUGAUGGCGAAUUUCUUUUAAUUGAAGCUGCUGAUGCACUACCCGCAUGGGCCAAUCCCGAUAAAUGUGAGCAAAGAGUAUAUAUCGUAAAUGGUCAUAUGCAACUGGUGCAGAAAUUAACAGCAAAAUCAUCGAAAAAGUUGGCAGUGUCCACCGCUGUAGAAAAUAUAAGACAAAACCCUACAAUCUAUCGUGUGGGGAAGGAGAUACAAAAUUGCAUAGAUGAACGUUUAAAGGACUUCUCGGGCGGUACUAAUCCAGCAAUACAUCGGCAGAUUGUGCGUUUACCUUUAGGCGUUGCAGCGCUGCUCAAGACACAUCCUUCAUUGAUUGCAUCGGCUGUGCGUGCUUUCUGCGAACGCGAUUCGAUUGACUUAAAAGCUUGUCGCUCCAUGCGUUAUUUCCCACCGGAGCAAUGCGUACGUUGUAGCGUGCGUUUUACACGUUGUCUCUAUGCUAUGCUCAUGCACACCGAUUACAAGCCCGAUCGCAAAGUUGGCUGGCUACUAGAUAGUGAUACCAAUACGGAGCAAUACAAAGAGCAGAUUAUUGGUAUAAAAAUUGCUUGUGGUUUUGAAAUACUGGCGUCGCAGGCUAAGAGCGCCGAUCAAGAAGCAAAUGAGCCCGCUUGGCGUGCAUAUGUGAAUAAUUUAUCAACAAAAGGCUACUUUAGAGAAAAUUUGGAGGGUUCGGAGCAGUAUAAACGGCUUUUGAGCGAAGCACGUGCAUAUUUUACAAAAAAUAAAGAACGCUUUCGCACAGCACCACUGGUGGGACGAGAAAUACUGAAUUUGUUACGAAGCAUGGAAAUCUCGGCAGAUCUUUUUUGUGAUGAGGAAAACAAUUUGGAGCCCAGUGAUUCUGAUGAUUGGUUAAACAUUAGCGCCGAUCAGCUGGAUGCAAUGCUCAUGGAACGUUAUGGUCCUAAAAAAUUAUUCAAGUCAAAUGGUGGUUUAAACGCGGAGGAAUUCACCAAAAAUAUUGCCGAUUUCCUUGAAAAAGAAUCGCUUUACGAGGGUAUAGGUGAUGAUGAUGAUGACGAUGACGAUGAUGAUGAUGAGGAUGACGAUGAUACGGAAACAGCAUCGGUAGAAAUUGAGAGUGGUGCAAGUGCAAAUAAAACAACAAAAGAUGAAACGAAAACAAAAGUUAGAAAAAAUCACUCCAUGCGCAAAGCUUGCAAUCGUAAUUCAAUCAUUAAAGAAAAAGCGGAGGACAAACCCAAGCCCAAAACUAAAAGUAUGGAGUCUGAAGACAGCACGCAUGUACGGAACUUUUUGGAUUUCGUUAUACCCGAAGAUAAGUGGGACUCCAAUUCCGAAAUGAGUGAUUAUGAAGAUGACGAUAAUUUGGAGCAUAAUUUCGAAGCAAUGUCGAAAUCGGAUAAAAAUAUAGAUAAACGUAUCAAAAAGUAUAUGGACCAAAUGGAUAAAGAGUUGGCACAAACUACAAUUGGACAAAGUUUCGAGAAUAAAAGUGCACCCAAAGCAAGUGAUGAUGAUUUCGAUGACAUCGAGUCUUUUCAACCGAUCAAUAUAAAUGUCAACACAUUGAAAAAUAUAGUGGCGAGCUACAAAUCACAAUUGGGUGGUCCGGGACCAGUAUCGAAUUUAUUGAAUGCCAUGGGUGUUGGUAUGUCAACUUCGACGGCGCUGGAUAGUGAUGAUGAUGAAGCGGACGAAGAGUUGAAAGAGUCUAGAGUGUAAAACCCAGUAAUAUUUGUUCACUCAAUUUAUUUGUGCAUCAUUUUGCAGUGUGUUAUAUACUUCACAUUGUUCACUUCCAAUAUGUAUGUAUGCAUGUGUACUUAUUGCAGAAACUUUUACGCACAACUCGACAUUAUGUGCAUUUCAUUAACUUUAAGCUAUCGCCAAAUGUAAGCCCAUGUAACACAAAAGAAUUUAACGAAAAAUACAUAUUUCUGAGGAAACAUUAUAAGAUAA